AUGAGUGUUGAAGAAACACAAAAUUAUUUUUGGGCCGUACAGGAUCUAUUGGGGCAUGGAGCAACGAGUCAAGUGUACAAAGCGUAUAAUAAACAAACGGGUGAUAUGGUAGCGGCGAAAGUUUAUGCUACACCGUCGAACACAACGAAGUUUAAUCCACAACGAGAUAAAGAUUUUCGUCCGAUAUUAGAUAAAGAAUUAAAAAUAUUAAAAGAAGCUCUACAUGAAAAUAUUGUACGGUAUAUAGCAUUAGAACCUGUUGUUUUUGAUCCAACAAUAUCAGUCGCAUCAGCACCAUCAUCUAGAACUAAUCCAACAAAUCGUGAAGCAUUAUUUAUUGAAUACUGCAAUGGUGGAAGUUUACAUAAUCAACUCGAGAUGAAUGAACAUCGUUAUGGUUUACUCGAAGAUGACUUUAUGCUUUUAUUCAAACAUUUGACUUAUGGUCUUAAAUAUUUACAUGAGAAAAACAUUAUUCAUCGCGAUAUAAAACCCGACAAUAUCAUGUUGUCAAUCAAUCUUAAUGGUGAACGAACCUACAAACUGGCUGAUUUGGGAGUUGCACGUGAAAUGUUGGUUAAUCACGGGGAAACAUCGUUUAAAUCAUUGGUGGGAACAGAAGAAUAUUUACAUCCGGACGUGUAUCUUCGUGCGCUACAUAAUGGAGCAUCUGCCGAAUUUCCAUUUGAAGUUGAUUUAUGGUCGUUGGGUGUUACACUUUAUCAAUGUGCUACUGGAGAAUUGCCCUUCUCACCAUUUAAUGGUACGCGAAAAGAUCGUGCAACAAUGAAAGAAAUAUUAGUUCAAAAACCAGACGGAGUUAUAUCUGGUAUUCAACAUACAUCCGGUGGUGCAAUUGAAUGGUCAAAAACAUUACCAGCAUCAUGUCGUUUAUCACCAAGUUUAAAACAACGUUUAGAAGCUCUAUUACCACGUUUAUUAGAAUCAAAUGGUUCAAAAUUAAUGAAAUUUGGUGAUUUUUUCCGUGAAGCCGAUCGUUUAUUAAAUACUGUUCCAUUAUGUUAUUUAAAUUUAAAAACAUUUGAUUUAACAUGUACAUAUUUUGAACCAUCACAAUCAAUUACACAAUUGUAUGAUGCAUUAAAAAAACAUAAUAAUGAUAAUGGAGAAUAUUACUGCUGUAUACAAAAUAUUUACUAUCCACUACCAAAAACAAAAUCAAUGGCAAUUAAAAUAUUUUGUGAACAAUUACCCAUACCAGCGUCGAAAGAGAAUCCAUUGGUAUUUUAUACGUUUUCUUCACAGCGAUCAAAUGAUAAAUAUGUUCCAAAAUUGAUUAUUCCUGAUGUGAAACCUAUAAAACAAUUAAAUGAUGUUGCAGCUGCAUGCGAUUGGUCUAAAGAUAUUAUUGGAAACUUUUUUUAUGUCAAAUAUCAAUUAAUUGAAUAUCAGAAUAUAUUGCAAACUGCUCAAUGUUCAACAACAAUUAUUCAACAACAUUUAAAAUCUAAAUUAUUAGAACUUUUAUGUUUAAUACGAGAAAAAUUGAUGGUAUUCAAAUCAAUUGAUGAAUUAAAACUUAUUCUCGAACAAAUUGAUCAAAAUGCUAAUGAACAAAGUGGAAGUACAAGUGGGUCUCCAUGUACUUCACGUGUUUUACAUGAUGGAAAUACUAAUUACAGUAAUAAUCCAUCAAGUGGACAUCUUGGCUUUGCCGGUUUAUUGUGCAACAAUGCGUCACCAACAUCGUCAAACGAUAGUAGUGUUUCGUCAGGUCGAACUUCAUCGAUUAUACAAGAGCAAUAUCGAAUCUAUGUACGACAAUGUUUAAAGCCGUAUGAACAAUUAGUCAAAUGUGAGCAUGACAUAGAGUCAAUAAUUGAAAAUGAUUUUAUUGAACAAUCAGCAGAUGAUCCUCAACCGUAUAGUAAUACACUUUGGUCAACACAUCGUAAUAAACGCUAUUUGUCAUGGUUACAUACCAUUGAAACAUAUAUUAGAAAAUUACAGGAGUUAAAUGAAUCAUUUCGACGUGAUCGUCUUUUGAGUACAUAUAAUCGUUUACAAAUUGAUGCACAUUAUCGUCGACGUAAAAAUCUAGAAGAAUUACAUGAUAAAUAUAAAGAAUUUGCGACAAAUGAAUGUUAUCCAAUUAUUAUACAAGCAUAUGUGGAUUAUAAUGAAUGGAUGGAAACAAAAUCAAAAUGUGUUGAAAAAUAUGAUAAUAUUAAACAAUUAUAUAAUAAAUUAUGCGACGAUAUCAGUAACUUAAUGGCACCACUUGAAAAUUUGAGAGAUUUAGUUUAUAGAAAAUUGAAAGGUUCUGGUGGUUUUAGUUCGAACAGUGGGGGAGGAACAUCAAUAGUAGUAUCAAACUCAUCUCCACAAAUGAAUAACAACAAUAAUAAUAAGAACAACGAACCUUUCACACAACGACACCCGACAGCAGGGCACCAUGAAGAUAUUGUUGCUGAUGUCGAUCGUGAUGAAGAUGAAAUUGGUGGAAUUAGUAGUGUUCACAAAACAAGCAAAGUUCUCAAAAGUAUUCGUGGUACAACGCAAAAAACAAUCAAACAUGCUGAAGAAGGUCUUCAUCGACUUGACAGUAUUAUUAAACAAGUGAAAAUAAAUUUUCAAAAACGAUAA